AUGGGCUGUGGAUCUACAAAAAUUAGGAAUUUUUUAAGAAAUGUAUUAGUGCUAGGAGCAUCUGAACAAUUUGGUCAAGCAACUGUAUAUGAACUUAAAAAGUUAAAUAUUUAGGUAACUGCUGGAAUUUCUGACUUGAAUUCUAAAAUAUCUCAUGAAUAUAUUAAAAAUAGAAUCAAAGUGACCUAAGUAGAUUUAACUAGUGAAGAAGACAUACUUAUUGAAUAAAUGAAAAAGUUUGAAGCAGUCUUCUUAGCAAUACCUUAACAUGUAAGUUCUCUUAACUUCAUAUAAAGAAUAGCCAAAGCUGUUUAGAGUUCUGGAGUUAGCUAUCUAUUAAUUUCUUCUUCUUUAAAUUUAAGUUAAAAUACUUCUUUUGCUAACUAAUUUCAAUAAAUUGAAGAAUAAAUCAAAGCAACAAAUAUUUCAUAUGGUUUUAUGAAGCUUCCAAUUUUUAUAGAAGAUAUUUUAUCCAACUAUGAUUCAAUAAAAAACGAUGCAACACUUUAUGGUCCAAUUGAUGAUAAUAUACAAUUCAAUAUUAUCACAGUUAAAGAUGCUGCCUAAGCAGCUGCUUCAGUAUUGAGUAAUUACUCUAAUUUUAUAAAUAAAACAAUAAAAAUAGCAAGUGAUAAAAAAAGCUAUAAUGAAUUAGCUUAAGAACUUUCAUAUAAUUUAAAAAAGAAUGUUAAAUACUAACAAAUAGGAUAGUAAGAAAUAAAAUAAUAAAUAAUAGAUAGAGGUUUAACAAAUAUAGAAGCUGAAAGAGUUCUAGAAUAUUUUUCUAUAAUUAAUAACAAAGAUAUCAAAUUAUCUACUUGGACCUAAGUUUAUAAAAAGAUCACUUUUUCUACUCCUACAACAACUAAUCAAUGGAUAAAAACGAAUAUAGAUCAUUUUAUUGUUCAGCAAGUAAAAUAAUCUAUUCUAGUAUUAGAAGCAAGUGGAAAGAUUGGCUAAGCGACAGUAAAAAGCCUUUUGUCUAAAAAAGCCAAUGUCACUGCAGGUUCAAGUAACCCUGAAAAAAUAAAAGAUUUAUAAGAUUUAGGCGCAAGCAUUAUUAAGGCUGAUAUGGCUUAAGAUUAACUAGAAUUGUCACAAAUCCUAAAAGAUUAUAAUAUUUUAUUUAUUGCAACUCCUGAACAUGUUAACUGCUCUCAUUUGGCUAAUAAUGCUAUAUAGGCAGCAAAAAAAGCUAAAGUUGAAUAUAUUUUAUUAGCUUCUGUUCCAUCUGUUAAUCACCCAGAGACCAUAUUUGGAGGUUAGUUCAUUCAAAUAGAAAAAGAGUUAAAAAGUAGUGGCAUAAACUAUGGAAUUUUAAGAUUGCCAUUGUUUACAGAUAUUUUUUUAAAUCACACAUAAUCAAUAGUGUCAUAAAGUAUGUUUUAAGGGCUAUUAGGUAAUAAGAAAAAAUAUGCUACAGUCACAGUUGAAGAUGCAUCAAGCGCUGCUUCUUAAAUUCUCAUAGACCACUAAAAGCACAUUAAAAAAGAGUACAAAAUUAUUAGCGAUUUACAAUCUUAAGAAGAAAUAAGCAAAUCAUUUAGUGUAGCCCUAGGUAGGACUAUCAAAUACAUGUAAACAAAAUACGAAGAUACAAAAAAAGAGCUUUUAUAAUUUUUAACAGAAUGGCAAGUGGAUGGCAUAUUAGAAUUAUAUAAAUUAGCAGAUUAAUAAGACUCAAGCUAAACUUCUUUGACAAAUCAUUAUUGUUGGAUAACUUAAAUUAAUCCAACUACAAAUGAAUAAUGGAUAAAAAAUAAUAUUUAGAAAUUUAAAUAAUCAUCUUGA